AUGUGCUUCACAGUGAAUGCAUCAGCGUGGGCACGGUAUUCCGUCCGCGGCCCCCCGCCGACCCCUGCAGAUAAGCGAAUCCUUGAAGCCGAAGGGCACGUCAUUGUAGCAAUGGGUAAACCUCUCUUGGCCGAUGCUUUGCUUAAUCCGAUGUCGGCCGACAAGAAAAGCACAGGAAUACUGAAGAGGGUAGUAUUGCUAGAACGCGUUGGGAAAACACGUGGAAAAAGAAACACCUGCCUCACUGAAGGUGGUCCCGAUCGGCCAAGUUAUCGGUUGGCCAUCAACAAUGAUGGCGGUCAGAGUCGGAAGCCUCUCCUCCAAGCUCUAAAACAUUCUCUAUCCAUUCCGCUGAAUUUCGAGAUGCAACGUUUUCAUCCCGUUCCAGCUCUUGAUCGUUCGCACGCACACGUGUGGGUCCGUUUUGACCGUGAUGUGGACGUUCGGUCACAUUUGGGAGGCGAGAAAUCGGCUCUGUGGGUCUGCGAUUGGAGUUUCAAGUAUAUGGCAAAGGGGCCAGUUUGGGAAGUGCAUGUCAAAAGUAGGGCACAUGCAAUAUGGGAGAUCGACCAAGGAGAAAUACUCGACGUCAAGGUACGAUGUGCGCUUGGUGGUGUCGCCCACGCUACGAAUUUGAGGACCGAGGAUGCGGCGUUUGCAUUAGCGGAGUGUGGGUGGUUGGAAAGAGUACGGGUGCUUGCUCGGCGGGAUGGUGAUGGUAAUGGUGGCAUGGGUGAGGAAGAUAAGAUGGAAGAUGGGGAUGGGCUUGAGGAUCUGGAGCAUAGUGGACGGACCGUCAUGACUAUCACGUGUGAGGUGGUCGAGGCGGUUGCUAGAGAGUGA